UAGCAAAAAGCCACGGAGGAGAUCUGUUAGUUUGUACAUUUAGCAAACGGUUCUCAAUACUAUAACUGAGUCAUUGCGAUGUGACCUCAGAACUGUUGAGACUUGGUUAGUAUGACCUUAAAAACGGUCCGCGGGGGCUGCAAGGCCAGCGGUUCCCUGCUGAAGGGCACGCUCGGCUUGUCGUAAAAGGAAGGCCCGUGCGCCGGCGCCCGGCCGGGAGGGAAAUAUGCCGGGUAAGAGUCGCGUCAGGGCCACCGGGACUUACGGAAGGCGAGCGAGGCCUAGGCCCAGGCGGAGGCGGGGACUGGCCGGGGCCCCGGGGAGUCUCUCGAGAGCAGCGAAGGGCGAAAGCCGCGCCGCGCGCGCGCGAAAGAGAGGGAGACCCAGGCCCCGCCCCUGCCGGCCGUGCCCGCCCCUGCUCCCAAUCAGGUCGGCUCCCAGGAUAUAAAAAGCCGCGCGCGGCCAUAGAGCAUUCACAGCUCGGUAGAGACAACAAAACCAGGAUGUCUGGUAGAGGCAAGGGCGGGAAGGGGCUCGGCAAGGGGGGCGCUAAGCGCCACCGCAAGGUGCUGCGCGACAACAUCCAGGGCAUCACCAAGCCGGCCAUCCGCCGCCUGGCUCGGCGCGGCGGCGUCAAGCGCAUCUCGGGGCUCAUCUACGAGGAGACGCGCGGCGUUCUCAAGGUCUUCCUGGAGAACGUGAUCCGCGACGCCGUCACCUACACCGAGCACGCCAAGAGGAAGACGGUCACGGCCAUGGACGUGGUGUAUGCUCUCAAGCGACAGGGGCGCACCCUUUACGGCUUCGGCGGCUAAAGCUUCUUCCUUCCCCCCGGACCAUCUCGAGAACCCAAAGGCUCUUUUAAGAGCCACCCACUUUUUUCUUUUGAAGGAGCUGUUUCGCAUUAUUUGUACGUUUUCGGUGAUCGCCGUAUUUCUGUUCUUCUGAUGUUCAC